AAGAAACCCAACAGUCAAAAGCCGAAGAUUUUAUAUUGACCUUUCACUUUUUCUAUCUGUCUCUCGCUCUAAUUUGAGCGAUUUUCCCCUGAUGAGUGUCCCCGAGCCUCCUCGUGUGGUUGUUGUUGUUGGAAGUUGAAGCCGAAACCCCCUCGUGCGCUCUCCAAAUCAGACGAGGAGCAAAAUCGAGUUUUUUUUGCUUGGCCGAAGCGAACGAGAGAAACAGCGAAGAUGAAAAAAGAGUGCUAUGAAAAAAAUCUCAUCCAAACGAGCACGCGCCAACGUUUUAGCCAUGAGAAUGUAUGUGUGAGGUAGGUAUAUUUUGGAUUGUAGUGGUGCUACGUUUCUGCUGUAAAGUUUUUUGUCAUUCUGUGUGGUGUAUCAAGUGCCAAGUGCAAGUUUUUUCAAGUGUUUAAGUCAAGUGUGUUAGCAAAGUGUUAAAAUGUCACAAAAUUGCAGCAAGAAUGGGCAUUUUUAUGCAAAGUGCCGUAAAAUGAUGGACGAGAUUGAACUCUCGUACCAGGAAGCUCUCCAAGAGGCAAACGAUGGGUUUGUCCCGCUGCCAAACAUGGACUUUUCGGAUGACGAAACGGUCCCGGAAGUGCCGCAAGGCCAAGCUACGACAUCAAGCACUGCCGGAACAAAUGCUGAAAACGUCGCGAAUGAUGAUGAUGAUUUCGACCACGGGGAACAUUAUCCGAACGGGGAGGACAGCGACGAUUUUUAUCACGGCGCUUCCGAUGAGAAUGACUCUUAUGAGAUCUUUGACCAUCUAAGUUUGUUGGAUUGUCUUAGAUUCUUUGCAAUUAAGAGUCAGCUCCCCCGUUCGGUGGUCAAUAUGCUACUGGCGAUCCUACGGAAGAAGGUAGAUGCCACUCUUCCAAAAGAUAGCCGGACUUUGGUGCGAACACCUCCCCGUGCUGCUGGCAGCAUUUAUAAAAUCGGGGGAGGUGACUUUUGGUACGGAGGAUUAUCGCCAGUCCUGACCAAGUAUUUUCAAAACAUCGAACCCCGAGACGAUCCUUUCAAGUUAGACGUAUCGGUCGACGGGCUACCGCUUCAUAAGGGUGGGCCGACCCAGGUUUGGCCUAUUCUGGUGAAAGCGGUAGACUUGCCUAAGCUUCCACUCAUGUUGGUGGCCGCAUAUAGUGGCCAUACAAAGCCGGCAAGUGUGGAAGAAUUUUUGCGGCCGCUAGUGAAUGAUUUUAAUAUCAUUCAGCGAGGAGGCUUGACCAUGGGCGAUAAAACGUUGCAGUUUCGGGUACGCAAUUUUAUCGCUGAUACACCGGCUCGAGCGUUCAUAUUAGGUAAGGAAGUAAAUAACAUUAUCGUAAACAAUUUAGCUAAAUACAAUAUAUAUUUUAUUUUUAGCAACGACGAACCACAACGGAUACGACAGUUGUUUAAAGUGCACUUGCCAUGGCGAGUGGUGUGA